CCGAGACCAGUGCACCAUCACCCCCUCGACCCCGCUACAAACACCUCGUCCACGUGCUGGACACCGUUUCUCAUUGGCUCCAUGGCUCACUUGCCGGGGUGUCCUCGAGAUGGUGCGCCUGCAAGUCCGGAACGAGCACCAAAAUUGGUUGGGAGAAGGAAAGACAGGGAUCCCCGGAAUAAUUCUGAACAGACGCACCACCCCUUACGUGUUUGGCUUGAUCGAAAGAGCUCGGGUAUGGAUUGGCACGGCUUGGCACACAGUCUACCCCCACCAAAUGAGCGUCCAUCUGUACACGUGAGCUUGAGGGAGCUCUGUCUGCUGCAAGAGCUGUCUUGAGCUAUCAUGACUUUGCUCAUUGCUUGCUCGAUUCCCUUCUCUCCGCUUCCUCCACAGAAAAGACACUGCCACCAUGUCAUCCCCAUCACCACCAAGAGGCCUAGCUGCCUACGCAUCAUCUUUAGACCCUGUCCUCAAGCUCCCGCACCCGUACCUGACGGCAUACGACGUCGCAAAGGCCACAGACGGCUCCGACGCGUUCCAGCUCCGACCGCGCAGCGCCGAGGCAAACACCAAGCCCCUGCGCGAGCCCCUCCACAAUUCCUCCCUCUUCUUCACGGCCCCUCAAGAUGUCAAGUCGAGCGACCGGCCACAUGAGUCCAACAACACGCCCUGGGGACGGGCAAGGCGGUCUCCGGCUGUGACCGCGCGCUGGAAGGAUGAGCGCCAGCCCACCGUUGGCCAGCUGUGGCUGCUCGCCUACACCAUCUUCACGGUGCGGCCCCGCGACGAGGCCUUUCGGCUGCAGCUCCAGGGGUCCGGCGCCGACAGGCUCGCCCGCCAGCUCACAACCGUUGGACUCGCUAUCCCGCACCCCAUAUCCAGCAACGCCAAAGACACCGGUCCGGUGAAGAGCGACGAGCUGCUCGUGUUGCGGGGUUCUUUCUGGCAAGGCGCAGGCUCACCCUUUGGCGCCCGGCCCGCCUGGGUACCCGAGAGGCAGCAGGACGAGGCCGUUGACCUAGCCAACUACCCAGCGGUGCCCGCGGCGUACACCAUGACGAGCGAGGCGGGCUCGGUGCAGACGUGGCACCCGCGGCGGCGGGCUAAGCCAGCGCCCGGCUCGGUCGUCUACAGCCGCUACAUCGCCCACCUCGGCGAGACCUUUUCCAUGGUCGCCCUCGACUACACGGACCCCACCCACCUCGGCCUCUUCCACACCUGGCAGAACGACCCCCGCGUCUCCCAGGGCUGGAACGAGACCGGUACGGUUGACCAGCACCGCGACUACCUGCGCCGUGCCCACGACGACCCGCACCAGAUCACGCUGCUGGCGGCCUUUGACGGCAUAUUCUUUGCAUACUUCGAGGUCUACUGGGGCAAGGAGGACCGCAUCGGCGCGUACUACUCGGCGGGCGACUACGACCGGGGGCGGCACAGUCUGGUGGGCGACGUGCGGUUCCGGGGCCCGCACCGCGUCAGCGCGUGGUGGUCGAGCCUGAUGCACUACCUGUUCCUGGACGAGGCGCGCACGAGCGCCGUGGUUGGCGAGCCCAAGAGCACCAACGGCUCCGUGCUCAUGUACGACCUCAUGCACGGCUUCGGCGUCAACAAGUUCAUCGACCUGCCCCACAAGCGUUCCGCCCUCGUCUCGUGCGACCGCGAGCGCUUCUUCCAGCUGUGUCCGCUCGACGAGAGCGACAAGGUCAUGGGCGGAACUGGGGUCGGGCUGCUACCCAAGUUGUGAUCAAAAAGGAAAGGUUGGAAAGGUGGGGGAAGUCUUCAUGCGAGAUUGCCGUGCAAGAAUUAAUAAAUACCCCCUUUCGCUCUCGGCGUGUGCUCCCAAUAUAUGCAGCAGUGGCACAAAGAUAUAUGCAUGCCCAGAGUUCCUGAUUCUGUGGGACACAGAAGCCACCUCGACCUCGCCCUCCGAGCCUUGCCUCGCGAUGUGUUGCUAUCAUGCGUUCGGAUGAAAUAUGCCGCCCUAAGACUAGUGUGACAAAUUUUGUAACGAUCAAUGGCAGCUAGAUGUGUUACAACUAGAUUUCAGUUAGCGCUCAGUUGCGUUCCGGACC